AUGGAUAGCCAGGUUUUGAUUGAUUCGUAGUAUGGUCAAGGGAGUAGAAGUCUCUGAAAUUGAUGAACGCUACUAAGGACCUUUUCGUCGCCUUGGCAGCCCGCAACCUGCAUCUUAAUCUUUUUCACGUCUCUUCAAGAGAAAACAGCGCUGAUGGCCCUUCUCGCAAGAUCUGCAGAUCUGACUCCAAGCUAUCAUCGAGUGUGUGGGAGCAAGUGGAGCAGCCUUUUGGUGGCAUAACAGGUCACACAUUUGACCUCAUGGCCUUGGACUCUAAAGAAGUUAUUGGAAGAGAUGGGGUUCAGCUGCCUCAAUUCUCUCCUUGCUUGAGCCCGUGUUCUCAAGGUGUGAACCUGUUCUGUCAGGACUUGGGGAAGAUGGACAACAUGUCUAAUCCCUAUGUUUUCCCGCCGUUUGGUCUUCUGGGUCCAGUCCUGAAGUUCCUCUAUUGUUUUGAAAUUCCUUUCACCGUGGUUGUUCCAGUAUGUCUCCCGCGUCCAUAUUGGUGGCCGGAACUGAUGGUCCGUUUCUUGGCUGGUAUCUGUCAUCUGUCUGGGUGCACUGGGUGUCCUUCAGGCGCCGUUGAGGUCAGGGUACAGAAGAUUUCCGUGUCCUCAUUCGUUGUGGAUUUUUGGGGUGUCUCGGUUCUAAGGACACUUUUUCCCGUUUUUGUGCAUCUAUCGCUUUGUUGUGGGGUGUUGUUACCUACCGAGCAGUUUUUUGUGAUCUCCUUCAUAGAAUUGUGAACUAGGUAAUAGGUAAGACAAAAGGAAAAAACAAAGGAGAAAAACAAACAAAAAAGGUGUUUUUUGACCCUAGAACUUGUAUUUUUGUGUGUUUUCUGUGGGUUUUCUACAUUUCUAUUUUUCCUUUUUUUUUAACCCACGAUGCCGAUGCGUGUAUGCUAAUGAUGAAAAUUUUCGUUUUUUAUCAACGGUGUUGGUACGCAAGGAGGAAUGUUUUUGUACCCGAUCCCCCUCAUAGAGACGAAAUUGACUAGGGAAUGAUUGGCAAACUUUUGCAGCGGUUAUCGAAACAACAGUCUUCCUCUAACUAUUCCAGGCAGAAGAAUUCUUUGGAGAAGGAGCUCGCGAGUUUUCUCUCUAGUUUAUCAUCCCCUAAGCUUAGCUUUUCUGGUAUGGAAGGACCGUAA